UUUGUUCAGUCACCAUAAAUUAUUAAAUUUGCUUUGUCAUUAUUUUUUGGCUUUGCAGGCCCUGAGUUUCAUCACCCAUAAAUUCUCUCUGCAAAUAUUAUUAUCCACUCGCAGAUAAAAAUAAGGGAAGAGAUGGCAGGUCCAGAGCUUACAAAUGGGAAAACCUCAUUGAGCUUCUUCAAGCCUAGUCAUGAAACUAGAGGAAAAACCAUUACUUGCAAAGCCGCUGUGGCAUAUGGUCCUGGAGAUCCAUUCGUAGUGGAACAAGUUCUUGUUCAUCCACCUCAGAAAAUGGAGGUUCGGAUCAAGAUCCUCUAUACCUCCAUCUGCCACACUGAUCUUAGCGCUUGGCAAGGCGAGAAUGAGUCUCAGCGUGCUUAUCCUCGGAUUUUCGGCCAUGAAGCAUCCGGGGUUGUGGAGAGCGUUGGGGAAGGUGUGAGUGACAUUAAAGAAGGUGACACAGUGGUGCCAAUUUUCAAUGGAGAGUGUGGUGAGUGCAAAUUCUGCAAGUGUGACCAAACCAACAUGUGUGAGAAUUUUGGUGUAAACCCGAUGAGAAAGGUGAUGUUUGGAGAUGGAAAAAGCAGGUUCUCUACCGUUGAUGGAAAACCUAUUUUCCAUUUCAUGAACACUUCAACGUUCGCCGAUUACACAGUGGUGGACUCAGCCUGCGUCGUCAAGCUCCGCCCUGAACCCCGCCUCAGCCUCAAAAACCUCACCUUGCUCAGCUGCGGAGUUUCCACAGGAAUUGGAGGUGCUUGGAAUACUGCUAAUGUACAGGCCGGUUCAUCUGUGGCAAUCUUUGGUUUAGGUGCUGUUGGUCUCGCUGUUGCAGAAGGAGCACGAGCCAGAGGUGCAUCAAAAAUAAUAGGUGUGGACAUAAACCCAGAGAAAUUCAUCAGAGCUCAAGAAAUGGGAAUCACUGACUUCAUAAAUCCAAGGGAUGAAGAGAAGCCAGUACAUGAGAUAAUCAGCGAAAUGACUGAAGGAGGUGUACACUACAGUUUUGAAUGUACAGGAAACUUGGAUGUUCUAAGGGAAUCAUUCUUGUCUACUCAUGAGGGUUGGGGAUUGACUGUAAUGUUGGGAAUUCAUGCAUCACCAAAGUUGCUCCCGUUCCACCCAAUGGAGUUCUUCAAUGGUCGCAGAAUUGUUGGAUCAGUCUUUGGAGAUUUCAAAGGGAAAAGUCAAUUGCCUCAUCUCGCCACGGAAUGCAUACAUAAAGAUGUGAAGCUGGAAAAUUUCAUUACUCAUGAGCUACCCUUCGAGGAGAUAAACAAAGCCUUCGACCUUUUGAUCACUGGGAAGUCACUGAGAUGUCUUCUGCACCUUUAAGAAAAUAUGUGAUUUUGAAUGGCUGGGAUAAAGGGAACUCACUCAUUUUCAUAUCUGAAUACUUAGAAGUAUAUAUCUAAAUAUGAAUCUGUAAUAGUCUAAGAGGGGUUCGGGUGAUUUUGAACAUAAUUAUGCUGUAUUAUCUCACUAUGUGUGAAGUGUGUUCAGGUUUGUUGAUCUCCCAAUAUUUGGUGAGUGUACUGUGCUGUAGUUUCUUUUUUAUUUCUUUGUACCCAGUAAACAAUCACUUCUGUAGUUGGGAGAGAAUAAAAUAGCCACUAUUAUACUGCUA